AUGGGGAACCAGGCUUGUUCCUGCGAGCGUGCAUCCGCCCGUGACAGCCCAGUGUUCGUGCACAGGUGUAUGUUUGGGCUUUCAGUUGUGAAGGUGUCCGAUUUCCUGAGAAUGGAGGGGCGACCGCUAUGCCACCAACAGCUCCAACAGCAAGGGCUUCUGCAUGAAUGGGUACCAAGCAUGUUCUUGAUCUUUGUGUCCCAUCAGUGGCUCGGCCGCUUCUGUCCCGAUCCUGAUGGCCAGCGCAUGCUUCUUCUGCGACAGGCACUUCAAGGGCUGAUCGAUGGUUCACUGCAGGUCGAGCCCCCGGUCGUCGGUAUGAUCUAUGGCACGGCGGAGGAGCUGUCCCCAGACAUGCGCCGGGAAAUGGCCAAUGGUUAUUUGUUCAUGGACUGGUUCUCCAUCCCGCAGAUCCACGUACGGCAGGAAGGGGUUAGCGAAGAGAUGUUGAAGAUAAACCAAGAGCUCGCCAUUCAGAGCAUCCCAGCUUAUGUGGAGUCAGCUAGCCUCUUUCUGGUGCUGGCCCCGGAGAUGCAACACACCGAGCUCGAAGUGAUCUGCAACUACACCUCUUGGCUCUCGCGGGGGUGGUGCAGGCUGGAACUUUGGUGUCGCCUGCUCGCCAACAGAGCAGACACGUCCGUCAUCAUUUUGCAUUCUGCAACGGAAGCGGAGUUCAUAUUUCAGUUCGACUGGCAGCACAAUACAAUACGCGAUGGUGAGUUUACCGUCGAGUCGGACAGGGACGAAGUGGCGAAGCUUGGCGUAGUGGCUGUGGAAAGCAAGAUCCGCCACUUGCAGGCCCAUGGACCUAUAGAUGCAUAUCGCUUCUACCUGGCACACCGCCCCACACUCCUGGGCUUCGCAGCUCAGGAUUGGUCUCUCGAGGAGUUUUUGCAGCACUUCUCGUUUGCAAGCCUGGAUGAAGCCCUCACCACUGACAGUGGCAUGGAUGGCACUCUCUGUGCCCUCUUCGCUGGGGAUGCCAACAUUCUGCGACUUCUUGUGGAGCAUGGUGCCGAUGUGAGCCGCCCUUUGCGUGGCUUGAACAAGCUUGGUUAUUAUGACAGUAUGUCACCUCUCGCUGUCGCCACUAGGUCGAACCAACACCCCGUGCUUCUGAAAGCCAUGCUGGAGCUUCGUGCAGAUGUGAAUGCUCGGACGCAUGCUGGGGUGACUGCCCUAUGCUUGGCCCAGUCCCCGGAGCAUGUUCGUAUUCUGCUCGAAGCCCGUGCCGACCUGCAGUCGCCAGGUCUCCCCGUGGGCAUUACCCCCCUGACUGCAGCGAGCUGCUUUGCCAAUGUCGAGACGGUGGCGGCCAUGCUCGCUGCCAGGUGCAAUGUAAAUCCUCCGAUGGAGGGUUUUGGUUGGAGUCCACUCCACGGGGCGGCUUUAUUUGCCAGGGGAAACAGGCACUCGCCCGAGAAAGCGCGAAUGCUACUGGAUCACCGCGCGGACGUGAAUGCGCGCGCUGUCACAUCAGGGCUCUUCAAGUGGGUUUGCCGCUUAGCCCGGGCUCAGACCGCACUUUCCGGCUUCAGUGCCUGUGCAGCAAAGACCCGCUUUUUUGCGAGUUUGGACGGGAUUACACCUUUGGGGAUGGCGGCCCUGGUUGGGGAUCGUCGUCUUACCGAGAUGUUCUUAGAGCAUGGUGCGGGCGAGAUGCCAAACGAUCGUGGUGAUGGCCCCGAAGAUCUGGCGAACGCCAACCAGCAUUUCCAGCUGCGCUCAAUGCUUGAAGUGGUGUCUGUGACAUUGUAA